UGUUGUUGUUGGUGGUGGGAGAAAGAGCGAGAGAGAAAGAGAGAGGGAGAGAGGCAGACGGUAAAUAUGGAGGAGGAGAAGCGGUAGGAGGUGAGACGCGUCCCGCUUGUUAAACUACGCGUUUUCGUGUGAAUUAGAAGCGCAAAGGAGCUCCACGGAGGGACACACCGUGCCUCGGCGGAAACCAAAGCCGGGAGGAAGCGACCUCUGCGCUAAUACACAUUCCAAGAGGAGCCGCCGACAUCCACGAAAGACGUCGAGAAGAAGGUCUGAAUCAUCCGUCUGUCCUUCUACACAUGGCCGACUCAGAGGACCCGCUAUAACCCACACACACACGUACACACACACAGUGGAAGGGCAGGGGAAAGAAGUCCAGGUUCAGCCUUCAUGAAUUCAUCACACCCCUCAGUAGUGGAGGUGAAGAGCAGCCUCCCAUCAGGCAUGCAGAGCCCAGUAGGAACAGCAAGCGAGCAGAGAGGAGGAGGAGGAAGUGGUGGAGAAGGUGGUGGGAGUCCAGGAGAAAGCCCGGGAGGAGGAGGAGGCCCGGUGGACCUGCGAACUGAGCCCAGGGUGGGGUCUCUCUCCGGGGGUGGAGUGGUGGACACAGCCCUGAGAGAGCAGCAGCUCCAGCAGGAACUCAUUCUCCUCAAGCAGCAGCAGGAGCUCCAGAAACAGCUGCUAUUUGCAGAAUUUCAGAAAAAACACGAAGUGCUAACAAGACAACACGAAGUCCAGCUGCAGGAACAUUUAAAGCAACAACAGGAGCUGCUGGCAGCCAAACGACAGCAGGAGCUGGAGCAGAAGAGGAAGCUGGAGCAGCAAAGACACGAAGAGCAGGAGAAACAACGACUGGAGCAGCAACUGCUGCUGCUGAGGAACAAGGAGAAAGGCAAAGAGAGUGCCAUUGCCAGCACAGAGGUGAAGCUGAAGCUGCAGGAGUUCCUUCUCAGUAAGAAGGAACCUGGUUCUGGCGGACUAAACCAUUCCUUCUCCCCAAAGUGCUGGGGAGCCCAGCACACCUCCCUGGAGCAGAGCUCGCCUCCGCAGAGCAACACACCGGGGACUCCUCCUUCCUAUAAACUGCCCCCUCUCCUGGGGAACUAUGAGGGCAAAGACGACUUCCCACUCCGCAAGACGGUCUCUGAGCCUAACCUGAAGGUGCGUUCACGCUUGAAGCAAAAAGUGGCAGAGAGGCGGAGCUCCCCUCUCCUCCGCAGGAAGGACGGAACUGUCAUCAGCACCUUCAAGAAGAGAGCCAUAGAGAUAUCAGUUUCCUCUCUCUGUAACAGUGCUCCGGGGUCAGGUCCCAGCAGUCCCAACAGUUCCAAUACAGCUAUUGCCAACGGCAAUACUGGAUCAGUCCCCAACAUACAGACUGAGCUGAGGUCUCUCCAUCAGACGCUGGGGGCUGAUGGGACAUUGAGUCCUCUGAGUCUCUACACCUCACCCUCCCUGCCGAAUAUCUCGCUGGGCCUCCCUGCCAACACACACAUCACGCCCUCCCAGAAGUUGUCUGCCCAGCAAGAGGCAGAGCGUCAAGCCAUCCAGUCGCUGCGGGGGGGUGGAGCUCUAACAGGAAAGUUUCUCUCCACGUCCUCCCUUCCAGCAGGUGUGGGACAUGAUGUGGAGACUCCGCCCCCCAGCUCUCAUUCAGCCCAUUCCUCGUUACUGCAACACGUACUACUGCUGGAGCAGGCUAGGCAACAGACUGCUAUGCUAGUGCCCAUGUACAGCCAAUCGCCGCUGGUUACGGCAGAGAGAGGUGUGUCGGGUGGCAUGCGGGCUGUCAACAAGCUGCCUCGCCACCGGCCGCUGGCUCGUACGCAGAGCGCACCUUUGCCCCAGUCCCCCCAGGCCCUGCAGCAGCUGGUGGUUCAACAGCAGCACCAUCACUUCCUGGAGAAGCAUUACAAGAUGCUGUCAAAGGGGGCAGAUUUACCUAGGCCACCACCCACUCACCCAGAGGAAACAGAGGAGGAGCUUACAGAGACCAAUGACAUGCAGGAGGAGGAUGAAGGGGUGGGCCUUCACAGGCUUCAGAAGGAGGGGUCUGAUGAUAGCACGCCUUCAUCUGAGCGUCUCGGCGUGCACGUGAAGGGUGAGGAGGAGCGUGGAAGCGUGCAUAUCAAAGGGGAGAGCACCGAGAGUGAGCUGGAAGAAGAGGAAGAGGAUGAAGAUGUCAUUCAGUUGAGGGAGGGCGACGAAGAGGAGAGAGGGAGUUACAGUCAGGCCUUGCAGCAGCUGGGCGUGUUCCAGUCCUCAUUGCCCCACAGACCCCUGGGUAGAGCGCAGUCCUCUCCUGCAGCUGCCGUUAAUCCCAUCAAACACCUCUUCACUACCGGGCUUGUAUAUGACAGUCUGAUGCUGAAACAUCAGUGUGUGUGUGGGAACGCUCACAUCCACCCAGAGCAUGCUGGGAGAGUUCAGAGCAUCUGGUCCAGACUGCAGGAGACAGGCCUGCUGGGCCGCUGUGAGAGGAUUCGUGGGCGUAAAGCGUCUCUGGAUGAGAUCCAGUCUGUCCAUUCAGAGUUCCACACCCUGCUGUAUGGAACCAGUCCGCUCAAUCGGCACAAACUGGACCACAAGAAGCUGCUCGGUCCGAUUAGCCAGAAGAUGUACGCUGUUCUUCCUUGUGGAGGAAUAGGGGUGGACAGUGACACAGUGUGGAAUGAGAUGCACUCAUCGGCUGCAGUGCGCAUGGCGGUGGGCUCAGUCAUCGAGCUGGCCUUCAGAGUGGCUGCAGGGGAGUUAAAGAAUGGCUUCGCAGUUGUUCGUCCUCCAGGGCACCAUGCUGAGGAGUCCACGGCUAUGGGCUUUUGUUUCUUCAAUUCAGUCGCCAUUACUGCCAAGCUGCUGCAGCAGAAACUUGGAGUGGGCAAGAUCCUCAUUGUGGACUGGGACAUUCACCAUGGCAACGGCACUCAGCAGGCCUUCUACAGUGACCCCAACGUCCUCUACAUUUCCCUCCAUCGCUACGAUGAUGGAAACUUCUUUCCUGGCAGCGGAGCUCCGGAGGAGGUGGGAUCAGGUGCAGGUGUUGGUUUUAAUGUGAACAUAGCGUGGACCGGAGGAGUAGAUCCCCCGAUGGGUGAUGUGGAGUACCUCACUGCUUUUAGGACUGUGGUGAUGCCCAUCGCUCAACAGUUCAGUCCAGAUGUGGUCCUGGUGUCAGCAGGCUUCGAUGCGGUGGAGGGUCAUCAGUCUCCUCUGGGAGGCUACAAUGUCUCUGCCAAGUGUUUCGGUCAGCUAACGCAGCUGCUCAUGGGUCUGGCGGGUGGGCGGGUUGUUAUGGCGCUGGAGGGCGGUCAUGACCUCACCGCUAUCUGUGACGCAUCGGAGGCCUGUGUCUCUGCGCUCCUGGGAGACCCGUGUGACUCUAUGUUCCAGUGGCCUCAGGAGAAGCCCUGUCCAAAAGCCUACGCCUCCCUGGAGAGAGUAAUAGAGAUCCAGAGUAAACACUGGUCCUGUCUCCAGAGUUUGUCUCAGACUAGUGGACACUCGCUACUCGACGGCCCCCUGGGGGCUCAAGGCCAGUCAGAAAAGGAUGAGGCGGAAACGGUCAGCGCCAUGGCGUCUCUGAGCGUUGAUGUUGAGCAGCCAGGCUCUGUUCCUGAUAGCACAGAAACCAGCAGGUCCACAGAGGAACCAAUGGAAGAGGAGCCCGUUUUGUAGGAGGAGCUUAAACAAGAAGCACACCAAACUUCCACUUCCACCUCCUUCUAGCACCUCUCUUUCUCUUCCUUUUCCUCUUCCUCCAUGGAGUGUGCAUUGGUAAACACAACACACACACACAGAGUGCAGUCGUGCUGUUGUGGAGGACUCCAACUGGCAAAGGAGAACUUAACGGAGGAGAAACCGUGUCAUGCGAAAACAUGGAUGCACUUCUUUUCUCUACUGUUUCGUCCAUGCAACGGGGCGCAGACGACUUGUUAGCGCCUCCGUGGGGCUCAGCAGAGAGGGAGCGCGGACGAGGAUACACAUCAUGUACCCUUGAAUAUUUGACCACCUGUACACAGCACCACUGAAAUGUUCUCUUCCACCCUCCAAUCAUUCUCGUGUCCUUUUUAUUCCAUCCCUGCCUUUGUUUCCACUGAAGGACGAUGACAGUGGAAAAACUUGAAUCUUAAAUGCCGCACACCGAGCGGACGACUGGUCCUCUUGGUGUGCCAAGCGCAGGGUUGCCCGUUGGAGGGGGGGAGAAAAUAACCGGUUUUAAUAUUCGCAGAGGAGGAGGAGGAACUAGGUGCCUUUUUUUCUGUCCACAAAAACUAAAACUAAGUCCAGAAAACACAAACCACCACCGCAGCACCUCAGUACAGCAACCAGCCAAUCAGGACUGAAGAAGCACACUUUUAAACACACACAAACACACACACACACGCUGUUGUUGAUCCAGUUGGUCACUUCAUUUCUGAGUCCUUGUUUCUUCAUCUGGAUGCCUUAGUUUGUCCCAGUCUCACUAUUUAGCAGCCUGUAGAGAGAUGGAGAGAGAGACUCAUGAGCUCAUGUAAAUACAUAUUCUGCUUAUUGACUAUUUUUUAAUAUCUGGCUAUAUUCCAAAAGACUGAGUUUUGCUUUUUUUCACAUUUUUGAGGGAAGGAAACCCUCUAAAGCCAUCCUCACACACUAGAAGUCUCCAGUAAAAAUCUCAGUUGAAUAUUAAUAGUAACAUUAAAAUAAUAUUCAAUCAGACUUUUGUGGAAUCUGGUGGAAGCGUCUCAGGAUCAGAUCAGCUUUAGCAGGAUUCAUGUAACUAAUGAAACUGCAACACCCAUCAGUCCUCUCUCUCCCUCGCUCUCUCUCUUUAUCAUUUGUGUUGGUUGAGUCAUGUGACCUAAACCCUGCACCUUCUUCUUUAAAGGAGGGGACUGUGGGAUUGUACUUUUGAAACACCGCAGUGACCACCACGUCCCACGUUAUCUUUCUCUCUCUCUCUUUUUUUUAAGAAUUGUAAUAUUUCCUGUUUGGUGUAAAUAGAGUCUCCUGUCCUGUUGGCCAUGGUUACAUCACAGCAGGUUUGGUGUGGUCACUUUUCUAUAUCUGUACAUACACAUAUGUAUAAAACCACAAAAGACUUUCUCUUUUUGUAUAAAAAAGCAAAAAUAAUAUUCUAUAUAAAUAUAUAUAUGUAAACAGUGUUUUAUCCAAUCAGAUUGGAUUUCUGAAUAUAUUCUAUUUGAAGAUUUGAAGUUUGAAAAGGUUUGGCUGUUUGACAGGAAGUAAGCACACGGUCUGAUGCGAUCAGACCACGACCUGUUUGUUUGUUUGUUUACAGAUGCUCAGGAUGGCUGAAUAUUGUUGUGUUGGAGGGGGGAUGAUCAGUGAGCUCUAGUUCUUUUAGCAGGACCAGCGCUGCCCUCCUCAGGCAAACAGCAGCAACUACAGAAAGGUGAUAUUAAGGUCAAAAGUCAUGGCUGAGUAAAAUAGGUUGGUCCAGUGAUGAUGUGUUUUUGUAGUCCAAAUGGAGCUAGCUCCUCCACAGCUUUUGGUAUUCAUUCUACAUAUCACACAAUGGUACCAAAUCACGAGCCCUGUAAUUCCGAUACAUUAGGUUUGUAUCGGCUCUGUUCCAGGAAGCAGUGAAACGAUGGUGGUUACUUAAUGGAUCGUGAAAUGAGGUACAGCAGGAGUGUUGAAAACAGCCUCGCUGGAUGACAGUCAGACCUCUUAAAUGUCGUUAAACUCACUACCAUCCAUUUUCUAGCGGUCACAGCAACAGACUAAGCAGACAUGCCAAGACGGUCUUCCUCAGCCACGCCCUCCAUCUCUUCUGGUGUGAUAAAUGGAUGUUCCCAUUCCAGCAUGCCCUGGUUCUGCCCCACAUUUAGUUGAACAUGCCCAAAACACCUCACCCAGAAAGCAUAAUCACCACCUUACCACAGUGGAGGGCUUUGGCUGAGUGAUGGGUUCAGAAGUCAUUGUUGCCCCUUGUAGGGUCUGUCAAGGUGAGGACCAGGGGAUCAGCCAGAGGCUAGACCACGAGGCUGGACUGGGAUAUUGGUGUUUGAUCCCCAGCUGUCCACAGUAAACUUGAAUAAACUCACUACAAACUGAUUAAAAUCAAGGUGAAGUAAGACAAAGUGAGCAGCAGUAAGUACUGAGAGUGAGGAAAAACUGCUUCCUCAGCUAUAAUUGGACGUGGUUUGCACCAACUUUAAUGGAGAAGACCUUUUUUUGUUGAGGACAGAUCAGGAAGCUGCAGGCCUGCAGACCCGGGGUUAGCAGUAAAAGUCCAGGUUGACACUUGGAUUGUCUGAAUUGCUGUUAAACAGUAAAACUGCAAGAUUCUCAGUUUGUGCAUGUUCACAUUGGCCUGUUAGCACUAGUUGUCCAAUGGUGGACAGACACAGGUCUAAAUGUGUCUAUUUCUAAUAGGAGCAAAUAUAAUCCUGCAUAUAUAAUCCUAAACAAAUAUGAGGAAUUUAAAGAUAUAAUCCAGGCUGAAAGCUACACAGCUGUUGUAGCCAAAGAUGGCAGAAAAAUGUGCAACUCAGCAGACUUAUCAAUAUCACUGUUACAUCAAUAGAUCACAGGGAGAUCUGCCUAGAAUUAGAAUUUCCUAAUAGAUUCAUUUUCUGUUUUCUCAUAUUGUUUAGUUGUAUUCUCGUGUCGAGAUGAUUUCUCAUUUCAAGCUUGUUCUUUUUGAAAUUAAGACUUAAGAGCAUUGCUCAGAUUUUUUAACAGUCUAGUUUGAGUCAAAAAAAAGUACAUGCUUUGUUUAUUCUAAGGUUUUAAGUAUCGGGCAUAAUACAAAAUGACUGAGUCAUUACCAGGUCUUUAAAUGAGGUCAUUACAAAGUCAGAUAAAUAAAAGCUGGGAUAAUUCAGUAGUUUGUAGAAGCACAAGCAGCAGUAACUGCUGUAUGACUAUCAUUACCUUACACUGUUGGAGGAACAGCACUUCUUUACAACAUUGCUUAGUUCAUACCCGAGGUGCUCUGCCUGGGGUAGGGUUUAUUUCAGUUUCUCUGACCUUGGGGUGAUUCUGAGGUUGCACUUUAUCUGAUUAUGUACUGAUAUGUGAAACAGUAGAAUUUAAAUAGGGCAUACUUUUUUAUUACCGCGACUGUAUAUCAUGGUGACUUAGAUCCAAUGAACAGAGUGGAUUAGAAGGCUGUUAAAACUUUUAAGACAAAUUUCGCUUCCAUUCUGUGACAACAAUGACAGUGACUGAGAAUGCAUCGUGUGCUGUUCCUGGAUCAGUGUCGACAAUCCACUAUUUUCAGUACAGUAAUGAAUGAGCGAGUGCUUUGUUACAUGGUAUAAUCCUCAGAAAUCAUCAUUAAAAAAGUGCAGUCAGAUUGCACCACUCAUGAAA